AUGGGACAUCCAGAGAAAAGCGAAUGGCUUAGAUCACAGCAAAAAAGUCAAAAGAAAUACCGUUUUAUAGUAGCAGCGAUCGGUAUCGUUGUAUUAUUAUGUGUUGUUGGAGGUGUAGGUUAUGCAUACUUAAUGAAAAAUAAAGGUGGCGAAAUCAAUAACAAUAUAGAUAUUUCGAAUGAUGAUAAAAAAUCAGGGGACCCGACGGCGAAUGGACAAACAUACUUAACAUGGGAUAAAAAACCCGUUAACUUAACCAUCACACCAAAUCCAGCGUUAAAGAAGGCUUUUUACGGUAUAAAUUACGGUCCCGUCAAUGCGACAUUUCCUGGGUGUACGAAUACUCUUGGGGAUGUUAUUGAGGAUGUUAAAUUGAUUUCUCAACUAACUAAUAGGAUCAGAUUAUAUGGUAUGGAUUGUCAUAUGUCCGAUUGGACCCUUGAAGCCAUCAAAUUGUUAAAAUUAGACAUGACCAUCGUCCCCACCAUUUGGGUUGAUGAUAAUGAUACGACUUAUAAACGUCAACAUGACACUUUAAUUGAUAUGGUGAAAAAAUAUGGAAUAGAUAAUAUUGAUGGUGUAUCAGUGGGUAACGAAGUUCUUUUUCGUAAAGAGGUCACACCAGAAAAAUUAUACAGAAGGAUGGCUGAUGUACGAAAAGAAAUCAAUUCGAUGGGAUUUAACAAAAAGCUUCCCGUAUUUACAUCGGAUUUAGGUUCAAAUGUUGAUGCCGCCUAUGUGGCUGCAAAUGAUAUCAUGUGGGCAAACGUGCAUCCUUAUUUUGGUGGUGUACCCGUUGAACAAGCCGGUCAAUGGACAUUUGACUUUUUCAAUGAAAAUGAUGUGAACCCUGCCAAAGCUGCAGGCAAAGAUGCCAUUAUAUCUGAAGUAGGAUGGCCAACCGCUGGCGCUUCUGAAAGUGCCGCUGUUGCCUCCAUACCUAACUUACAAACUUUCUUAAAUACUUUUGUUUGUGAUGCUAAUAAAUUAAAUACCAAGUAUUAUUAUUUUGAAACUUUUGAUACUCCUUGGAAAGAAAGAACUUGGACCAAAUUAGAAGGAAGUUGGGGUCUUUUCUAUGACGAUAGAUCCCUUAAACCUGGUAUCACCAUUCCUAAUUGUUUGGUUGGGUAA